AUGAAGAUAAACAUUCAACACCUGAAGAAUAAGUUUGUUGUGGAGGUUGAGAGUCUGGAUAUUACAAUAGAAGAGCUGAAAAAGAAACUUGAGGGUGUUAUGGGAGAAUCUGUCAGGAUUCCUGCUGGGGAGCAGACGCUGAUUUUUGAACGCGAAAAGCUUGAAGAUGACAAAAAGCUUAGCGACUAUGUAAAGGGCUCUGCUGAGGAGAUAAAGCUAUUUGUUAUCAAGCAGCACAAGAAUCCAAACCCCAUAUCCAAGCCAGGAAAUAUCUAUCAAAAUGCAAGUGGAUCUGACACGCAAUCUCAUGCCGGAGGAAAUCCCUAUGCUGCCCAUGGCCAGUCAACACCCAAUCCAUACGCUGCAUUCAUGCCUCCAUAUGGUGGCGGGUAUGGAUCUCCUCAGCAGAUGUAUGGCCAGAUGCCCUAUGGAUACGGAUCUCCUCAGCAGAUGUAUGGCCAGAUGCCCUAUGGAUACGGAUCUCCUCAGCAGAUGUAUGGCCAGAUGCCCUAUGGAUACGGAUCUCCUCAGCAGAUGUAUGGCCAGAUGCCCUAUGGAUAUGGGUUUCCUCCAGGAAGCGGUUCAUCUGGGCAGGGAGAUGGAUACAAUGAGGCAUUUUCAAAUGCAAUGAUGCAGCAAAUGGAGCAGAUGCUUGGCAACCCAGCAUUGUUGGAUCAGGUGUUAAACAUACAGAACCCGAACAUGACUCCAGAGCAAAAGGAAGAACAAAAGAAAAUGCUAAAGGAAGCUCUGAACAUGAUGAAAGCAAAUCCAUCGCUGUUUCAGCAGGCUCUUACACCUGAGAGACUAAACUGGGCUCUGAGCACAAUGAACGGAGGAGGAUACGGUGGGAUGUUCCCCUCAUACCCUCCUCAGAUGGGGAAUUUCAACCGGGACCCCCGUACGCCGUGGAUGCAUGGAUAUCCUCCUCCAGGAUAUGGAAGUUCCAGGCCAGACCUGCAGAUCGAUGAGCAAGCACAUCUAGUGCAGCUGGAGCAGCUCAAAGCGAUGGGAUUUGAGGAUGAGGAGGCCACAAAGGCUUUAAGAGAGGCAAAGGGAGACAUAAAUAGGGCCCUGGACAUUCUUCAUGAAAACAAGAAAAAGAGAAGCCAAGAAAACAACGGGUCCUCUCCAAAAAAUUAA